AUGUGGGUUUUUGAGUGCGUUCGACGCCAUGCACCUACACUGACAAGUUUGUGGUUUUCAGAACGGCCAACGGCCGACACAACUAGAUUUUUGCACGACGGCAAGGGCAACGCUGUUGUGGUAUAUCACAACUUGAAGAGUAUCGGAUUUGGUGCGUAUGAUCUCGAAAUGGAUUCCGAAAUGGAUUCUGACUCGAAUUCUGACUUGGAAGUGUUAGCAACAACAGCGUCGAUUUCAGAACCAACUGUACACUUCCUCAUCCUCAAAUACAUUUUUCUCGAAUAUUCACAUCCAUACAGCGACAAUAUGCUGUUUAGCGGCAAUAGCGAUACUCUUGAGCGUUUAAAACUUGAUGUUUGUCCCGAAUUUUGUAAACCGUUUUCGCGUAUCGUCAAGUUCCUAAAGCAUAUGCCUCGGCUGCGCACCCUGCAUUGCGAUGUAUCAUUCAACCCUCCCAGCAUCAACGGCGUGAGCUACGACAGGCUUCCUGGAUACAUGCUCAGAAAAAGAGGCACCUUUGAAAAGCAUUUUUACAAUUUUACUCCCUGCAACCAUAAAGGAAACGUACCCGUUAGGUAUAUCGCAAAAGCUCUUGUGCUUCUUUUCCUCGAAUGUCCUCAGAUUGUACUGCUAAAAUCCGAUCGCUUCAAACACCAAUACGGGAAACACGUUCUAGAUUUCUUUACGAGUGAGCGUUUUGCCAACGCCAUCAACCGUGCAAAGUAA